AUGGCGGCCAUUGCUCCACCCUCCUCUUCCUCCUCAAAACCCUAUCCUUUCCCUGUUUCUUCCAAAUCCUCAAAACCCAUUUCCAGAUUCACCCUCCCCUUCUCUCCUCAUCCCCAAAAACCCACUUUCCUCCGCCACCAAAUCUCUAACUCUCUCUCCUCCAAGACCGCCACCACCACCAUCACCACCACUAACCCUCCAGACCCAGAAACCAAAAUUUCCCGAUUUGCCCCUGACGAGCCCAGAAAAGGCGCCGACGUCCUCGUUGAGGCGCUCGAGAGGCAAGGCGUGACCAAUGUAUUCGCCUACCCUGGCGGCGCGUCCAUGGAGAUCCACCAAGCCCUCACGCGCUCCUCCACCAUCCGCAACGUCCUCCCGCGCCACGAACAAGGCGGCGUUUUUGCGGCAGAGGGCUACGCGCGUGCGUCGGGACGUCCCGGCGUGUGCAUUGCAACCUCCGGGCCCGGCGCAACAAACUUGGUCAGCGGACUGGCCGACGCGCUCAUGGACAGCAUUCCGGUGGUGGCAAUCACCGGCCAAGUUCCCCGAAGAAUGAUCGGUACGGACGCGUUCCAGGAGACCCCUAUUGUUGAGGUAACAAGAUCAAUCACCAAGCACAAUUAUCUUGUUCUUGAUGUAGAGGACAUUCCUAGGGUUGUUAGUGAGGCCUUUUUCUUAGCUACCUCGGGUCGACCCGGCCCCGUCUUGAUUGAUAUACCCAAAGAUGUGCAACAACAGCUUGUGGUUCCCAAUUGGGAUCAACCCAUUAGGUUACCUGGGUAUAUGUCUAGGUUGCCCAAGACCCCCAAUGAGGAUCAUUUGGAGCAGAUUGUGAGGUUGGUGUCUGAAUCCAAGAGACCAGUGUUGUAUGUUGGUGGCGGGUGUUUGAACUCCAGUGAGGAGUUAAGGCGGUUCGUGGAGCUUACUGGGAUCCCGGUUGCCAGUACUUUGAUGGGUCUCGGGGCAUACCCGUGCAACGAUGAAGAAUUUUCACUCCAAAUGCUUGGAAUGCAUGGGACUGUUUAUGCUAAUUAUGCUGUGGAUAAGUCUGAUUUAUUGCUCGCAUUUGGGGUGAGGUUUGAUGACCGUGUUACCGGGAAGUUAGAGGCCUUUGCUAGUCGGGCUAAGAUUGUCCACAUUGAUAUUGAUUCGGCAGAGAUUGGAAAGAAUAAGCAGCCGCAUGUGUCGGUUUGUGCUGAUGUCAAAUUGGCGUUGGAAGGAUUGAAUAGGAUAUUGGAGGGGAAAGAGAGCAACGUCCAACUUGAUUUUUCAGCUUGGAGGGCAGAGCUGAAAGAGCAGAAAGUGAAGUUUCCAUUGGGUUUCAAGACUUUUGGAGAAUCCAUUUCUCCCCAGAAUGCCAUUCAGGUUCUUGAUGAGUUAACUGAUGGGAAUGCGAUUAUAAGCACUGGUGUUGGGCAGCACCAAAUGUGGGCAGCUCAGUUUUACAAGUAUAAGAGGCCUCGCCAAUGGUUGACAUCUGGGGGAUUAGGAGCUAUGGGUUUUGGAUUGCCUGCUGCUAUUGGGGCUGCCGUUGCAAACCCGGAUUCCAUCGUUGUUGAUAUCGAUGGUGAUGGAAGUUUCAUUAUGAAUGUCCAGGAACUGGCCACCAUCAGUGUAGAGAAACUUCCCAUUAAGGUUUUGCUGUUGAAUAAUCAACAUUUGGGUAUGGUUGUGCAAUGGGAGGAUCGCUUCUAUAAGGCUAACAGGGCUCACACUUACUUAGGGAACCCAUCAAAUGAAUCUGAAAUAUUCCCGAAUAUGCUGCAGUUUGCAGAUGCUUGUGGGAUACCGGCUGCCCGUGUGACGAAGAAGGAAGAUCUUAAAGCAGCAAUUCAGAAAAUGUUGGACACUCCCGGUCCGUACUUGUUGGAUGUAAUCGUACCCCAUCAAGAGCAUGUCCUGCCUAUGAUUCCAAGCGGUGGUGCUUUCAAAGACGUGAUAACUGAGGGUGAUGGGAGAUCAAGUUAUUGA